AUGUGCCCAACGGUAUUCAAUGGACAGCUUCAUGUCCUAGGAAGAAAUAUUGACACCAACAAAGAUCCCUUCCGGAUGAGCAUUUCAAGGGGCGGAAUGGUUCCCGACAGAACCGUCAUUGAAGGACCUGAAAGCAUUUUGAAACGCGCUUUUGGUCCAUUUUUCACGAAAUUGGCGCACAAUUUUCAAGAUGGCUUUAUCGAACUGAUGAAAUAUGAUCAUAUGACCACAAGAGACUAUCUUAGAGAGAAGAUAGGGUUGGACUUCUAUUCAAUUUGGUACAUGGAAACAGUCGCAAGGUUGGCCCUAUCACCAUCCCAGACUCAACUAAGCUCUAUUUUUGCUGACUACCAUUUCCAUCAAAGCGCUUCUGGGCUAUAUGAUCAAUCACUUUCUGAGGCCGUCUUGGAUGCUAUGGAUUUUGAAUACCCUACGACGUCUGGAGAGGAGGUACAGUGGUACCGUGUCGCAGGAGGAACGUAUCAAGUCAUCGAGAAGAUGGAAAAGAGGAUAUCCACCAGGCCUUCCUUAGGGGCUCGUGUCACGUCGAUUGCAUAUCAAUCGCAUGAAUCAUCCCAACCAAUGUUGAUUCACGUCGAUGGAGAGACCCAGUCUCGAAAAUACUCGGCAGUUUUCAAUACAGCCAGUCUUCCAUGUAUGCGUCGAAUGAAUAUAGGGCCCGGUACGCUACGACCUGGGCAGCAGGCAGCUAUUCAGUCCGUUCAUUAUGAUGCCUCGACAAAAAUUGCAAUCAAAUUCAAAUCAGCUUGGUGGACACGAUAUUGCCAGAUUCAAGGAGGCCAGGCGUCAACCGAUCUUCCGAUCCGAACCUGCGUGUAUCCAUCCCCAGAGACAAAUUCAGAGGCGCCAUCUAGGGUUUUACUGUGCUCGUACACCUGGGGCCAGGAUGCCCAGCAGAUGGCAUCGUUAAUAGGUAGUGACACAGGUGGAAGCGAACUUGAGCAGCUCCUGCGUCACAAUCUCGCUCUUCUUCACCAAAACUACGUCGACCCACUGUCUGGAAGGCCAUUCGGACAUGAAAAGAUGCUACGCAUCAUUCAGGACGAGUACGAGGAAUACCAUGCUUAUGAUUGGUAUAGUGACCCUUGUGCCUCGGGAGCCUUUUCAUACUUCGGACCGGAACAAUUUCGGCACUUCUACCCUGAGCUCGUAAGGCCCGCAGCCAAUGGUCAUAUGUUCCUAGUUGGAGAGGCAUGCAGCGCCCACCACGCUUGGAUCUCGGGUUCUCUUGAUAGCGCCUACAGGGGAUUGGUUCAGUACCUGCACAAGCUCAUCGCGGAAGGGCGAGUGGCUCCACAUGUUCUGCACGAGUUACAAGCAUCCUGGGGAGCGUUGGAUGAGAUUCCGGGGGAGGUUUUGGAAUGGCAAAUGUAUUUGACCCAAAUGUCCAUGAGUUAG